AUGGCUGCGGAGGAGGUGCUGCAGGGCGCGGACCAUUACAAGAGCGAGAUCGAGCGGCUGACCCGGGAGCUCUCCGAGACGACCCACGAGAAGAUCCAGGCGGCGGAAUAUGGGCUGGUGGUGCUGGAGGAGAAGCUCACCCUCAAGCAGCAGUACGACGAGCUGGAGGCGGAGUAUGACGGCCUCAAGCAGGAGCUGGAGCAGCUGAAGGAGGCAUUUGGACAGUCUUUCUCAAUUCACCGCAAAGUAGCUGAAGAUGGGGAAACACGAGAAGAGACUCUACUCCAGGAAUCUGCAUCAAAAGAGGCUUAUUACCUGGGGAAGAUUUUGGAGAUGCAGAACGAGCUGAAGCAGAGCAAGGCGGUGGUCACCAACGUUCAGGCAGAGAAUGAGAGACUCACUGCUAUUGUCCAAGACUUGAAAGAGAAUAAUGAAAUGGUGGAACUGCAGAGGAUACGAAUGAAGGAUGAAAUUCGCGAGUACAAGUUUCGAGAGGCAAGGCUCCUGCAGGACUACACUGAACUGGAAGAAGAAAAUAUCACUCUGCAGAAGCUGGUAUCCACACUGAAACAGAACCAAGUUGAAUACGAAGGCUUAAAGCAUGAGAUUAAACGAUUUGAGGAGGAGACAGUAUUACUUAAUAGUCAGCUAGAAGAUGCCAUCCGGCUGAAGGAGAUUGCUGAGCAUCAGCUGGAGGAAGCUCUGGAAACUUUAAAAAAUGAAAGGGAGCAAAAGAACAAUCUGAGAAAGGAACUCUCCCAGUACAUCAACCUCAAUGAUAGUAUGUAUAAUAAUCAUAUUAAUAUAUCAGUAGAUGGAUUAAAGUUUGCAGAAGAUACAAGUGAGCCCAACAAUGAUGACAAAAUGAAUGGACAUAUCCACGGGUCUCUUGUGAAACUUAACGGUGACUACCGAACUCCCACGAGUAGGAAAGGAGAAUCUCUGCACCCCGUCUCUGAUCUCUUCAGUGAGCUCAACAUAUCAGAAAUACAGAAACUGAAGCAGCAACUCAUGCAGGUGGAAAGAGAAAAGGCCAUUCUCCUGGCCAACCUGCAGGAAUCUCAGACGCAGUUGGAGCACACCAAAGGAGCCCUGACCGAGCAACAUGAGCGAGUCCACAGGCUCACGGAGCACGUCAACGCCAUGAGGGGCCUGCAGAGCAACAAGGAGCUGAAAGCAGAGCAUGACUGUGAGAAGGGGCGAGACCCCAGCGAGGAAGCACACGACUAUGAAGUGGACAUCAAUGGUUUGGAGAUCCUAGAAUGUAAAUAUAAAGUAGCUGUUACGGAAGUGAUAGACCUUAAAGCAGAAAUCAAAGCCUUAAAGGAGAAAUAUAAUAAUUAUGUGGAAAACUACACUGAAGAAAAGGCCAAGUAUGAGAGCAGAAUCCAGACUUACGAUGAACAGGUGACAAGCCUAGAGAAAUCAACCAAGGAAAGCCAGGAAAAGAUGGUCCAUAUGGAAAAGGAGUUGCAAAGGAUGACAAGCAUAGCGAAUGAAAACCACAAUACCCUCAACACCGCCCAGGACGAGCUGGUGACGUUUAGCGAGGAGCUGGCUCAGCUCUACCAUCACGUCUGCCUGUGCAACAACGAGACACCUAACAGGGUCAUGUUGGACUAUUACAGGCAGAGCAGAGUUACCCGCAGUGGCAGCCUGAAAGGCCCAGAUGACCCACGGGGUCUCCUUUCCCCUCGGCUUGCCAGAAGGGGAAUGGCAUCGCCUGUAGAAGCCAGGACUCCGACCGAGCAGGUGACAAAAGAGGCCCCAGAGCCUGGCAAGGAGCAGAGCCCAACGAAAACACCUACAAUUUCCCCUGUCAUCACUGCCCCUCCUUCCUCCCCAGUCUCCGACAGCAGUGACAUUCGCAAAGAGCCGAUGAACAUCUACAACCUCAACGCCAUAAUAAGGGACCAAAUCAAGCAUUUGCAGAAAGCUGUAGAUCGGUCGCUGCAGCUGUCGCGCCAACGUGCUGCAGCCCGGGAGCUGGCGCCCAUGAUUGAUAAAGACAAGGAGGCCUUAAUGGAAGAGAUUCUGAAACUGAAAUCCCUCCUGAGUACAAAGCGGGAGCAGAUAGCAACCCUGAGAGCAGUGCUGAAAGCCAACAAGCAGACAGCUGAAGUGGCAUUAGCCAAUCUGAAGAAUAAAUACGAAAAUGAAAAAGCUAUGGUGACUGAAACCAUGACCAAACUACGAAAUGAGCUGAAGGCUUUGAAGGAGGAUGCGGCAACCUUCUCAUCCUUGAGAGCAAUGUUUGCAACCAGGUGUGAUGAGUACGUCACGCAGCUGGAUGAGAUGCAAAGGCAGCUGGCAGCUGCAGAGGAUGAGAAGAAGACCCUAAACUCUCUGUUGCGCAUGGCUAUCCAGCAAAAACUUGCCCUUACCCAACGACUGGAGGAUUUAGAGUUCGACCAUGAGCAGUCCCGACGCAGCAAAGGCAAGCUUGGAAAGAGCAAGAUCGGCAGCCCUAAAGUAAGUGAGGAGGCAUCAGCCACCGUGCCAACCAUAGACACUUUCCUCCUGCAUAGUCAGGGCCCACAGCAGCCAAACUUACUGGUCAGCAGUGGCACUCAGAGGAAAAGACUAUUCUCACCUUCCCUUUGUGAUCAGAGCCAUCCCAGGACUUCAGGGACCUACCUCCAGAAAUUAUUAAGAGCCCCCCCUCAUCCCGCCUCCACAGAAUCAUAUCUUCUGAGGGGUCCCCCUUCCAUGAGUGAAUUCAUCCAUGGGCACCGUCUCAGCAAGGAAAAAAGGUUAACUGUGGCCACACCAGUCCUAGUGCUCUUCCAGAAGAGCAGCCACAUUCCAGCUCUCAGUGUGCCCCUCUCAACUGUCUCUCUAAGCCUCCUCCUUACCCCUAAUCUUCAUAUGCAACGUAAGAGAAAACGCAAACAGAGUGGAGUUCAUGCAACAAAGGUUCGGGUUGUUCCCAGCGAGCGGGUAGACAAUCCUGCCUUGUUGCUGCAUCGAUAAGUCUGGAUUCAUAUCCACUGCUCUGGCAACUGAGGGAAGGUUGAGAAGAAGAACACAAAGCACAGAGCCCAACCUAUCAAGAAGACUUUUUAUGGUUCCUCUGAUUGUAUUCAAACUUUACAACUAAAGUGUAGUGAAAUUUAAUAUCUCAACAGAAAUGUUCCUCCCAGCUGCUUGGCUUUACCUCUGAAAUAAUGAGAGACUUAAGCCAGUAUUAAUAAAGAUAAAGUAUGUUACUAAACCCUGCCCUCAUAACCUCUGAGUUCAGCCAUAGGAACCAGUUCACAUUUUCUUUCGUCGCUAAGGGUGUGAUAUUUCCUUCUUACUUUAUUUGCACCAUAAUUUUGUGUUUAUAAAAUGCAGUCUUUUUUGCACCAGUUGUAUUCAAUUAUUAUUAUUUUUUUUUAAACAAGCAGAAAUAGCUGAAGUGAAGAAUGACUGUGUUAAUAGUAAAGAGAGGCUUGUUGUAUUGGCCAGCACACGGCCAAUUCUUAUUGCACAAAAAUGUUGGCAGUGGGGUGAAUUGAAAUGUUAGUGAUGACUGUAUAUUUUGCUGCUGCACUGAUAUUGUUUAUGCACUUGUUUUUUAAUUCCUAUUUCAUUAGCUUCUGGUUUUGUUCGGGCUCUUCACUGGAAGAUUACUAUUUAGCUUAAGAAGGAGAUGAGAGGAUGAUGUAUUGGUUUGUUUUCCGUUUUGCUGCAUUGUAAUUCUAUUUUUGCAUUUCAGACAAGUAGAUGAAUUGGUGCUGUUUUUUGGGGUUACUUUCUAUUUGGUAUCUGAGAAAAAAAAAAAUAAUCUAAAGUAUAAUGUCGUGUGCUAAUUAAAAACAUUCUUUCUUCCUGCUCCCAUAUUCAGGAUACUAGCUUGAGGCCUUACCCUGAAAGACUAGUAUGAACAGUGAAGUUGCAGGUAUUCUGUGUGAAAUAUUCUAAGGUGAAAUAACUCCUGCAGGCAGACUUAAUGGUGUGGAUCAAAGCUAGCAGGACUUUAGUGCAUUUUUUCCUUGCCAAAAAUCAACAGAUCCAGAACCUUAGCUCAUGUCAGUUUAUGACAAAUACUCAGGUGAUCUACACUACACAGACUCUAUUGCAACAGUGCACAGUGCUCCUAGUUCAAGGUUCUCUCCUGUAAAAGCUGAAUAAUCGGUUGGGUUGUUCUUUUAUUUAUUUAUUUUUUUUAAUAGCAAGUGUCAGAACAAAAGCAAGGAUAGCAAAAUUUACUUUGCACAGUACCUGACAGCAGGGUAAGCUGCUAAGGUGUAAUGGUUCAGCACCUCUGGACUUCUCAUCUAGUCAUCACAUAGGAGAAGUCUUCAGUGCUGCCUACUUGUCGGUAAUUAGCAGUCCUUGCUCUGUCAGGUGGCCUUAAUUUAUUUACAGAACAAAGGCUUAGAUAUUUCCACGUUUUUAUUCCUUCUCUGCAGUGUAAGUAUGAUUUACAAGUGGGAAACACAGCGCAGCCUAAGGUAGAGAGCAGCUGGACAAAAACUGCUGCAGAUAUGGUUGGAAAAAUUUUUUCACAUUCUACCUGAGUCUGAGAAAAUGAACUCAGGCUUCUGUUAGAAACAGUGCUUACCAAAUGUUAUGAUACACAAAACAUCAGCAGAGGAAAGAAUCGGUGACCAAUCAGUGUGCCUAACAAUUAUUAUUUCCAUGGUACCAGUAAUGAAGGUGCUGUAAAUAGAAAUAUUCUCUGUAAUCAACGGUGUGUGUCACUUGCAGCCUUGGCAAAGCAGCUGAGCUAUUGUAACAAAACAUUCAGAGUCGAAGGUGAAGAAAAUAGGAACAAGUUGUCAUCAAAUUCUGAUCAGAUUGAACAGACAAUUCUCGGCAAUGUUCUGCUUAGGUUUACCAUGCAGUUCACGUGGUUCUUCUUGUAUGCAUUUACAUAACUAUUUAGUGUCAUACUUAACCUACAUGUUGUCUUGUCAGAGAAAAGUCAAAUAAAACUCAUUCAGCUCAGUCACAUUGUUUGAUCUGAAUAUUAGCUGCUAUUUUGAUUUUUACUAAAAAGUAAACGACGACAAAACCGUUUUUGUUGGAGGCAAAUGGUGCCUCCCGUGAGCACCUCACAAUUCCUGACCUUGCAGACUGGUGUAGGGUGUAGUUGUAGUUCUGAAACAGUGCUGAUGCCUUUGACCAAUAAGGACAGCUAUUACUGAUGGUUAAGCAGAAAAAGAAUUUGCAUUGCACAUUGAGUAGAGUUACUGCAGGCUGUACUUGGAAUAGAUUCUCCUAUUUUCAUAUCCAAAUCAAACAUAUUCCCUGAAUUUUAGUUAAACAGGAAUUCAGUGAAAUGCGUUUCUUUUCUAUAUAGAUAUGAAUAUAUUGGAAAAAAUGUUGUAGUGGAAUGUUUGUUUGGUAAUGUAUUUGUUUCCAAUUGUGAUUUGCAGAGCAACUUUGGGAAAUUGAAACAUGCCGGUAUGUCCAUGUCGAUUAAGAGUUACGAAACAGCAUUAAAUGGUAUAGAAAUUGUGGCCCUGUUUUAUAGAACUAAGUGGGUUUAUUAAAUUUUUUAUCCUCUUAAGCUUUAAAUUCUUCAUUUCUAAGUUUUCAAUUUACAUUUUUUAAUAUGUAAUAAAGCAAGUAAAUGUUGGAAAUUUAAGAGAUCUAGAAACAAACCAAUUUAAAUGUACAAAUGGCUGUAGUUACUGCAUUGUAAGUUAUAAAACUGUGUAGGUCCCCGGGGACAACUUUUGUCAGUUAACCAGUACAAAAUAAAAUGCAUAUCUUGAACUUGA